UUCCUGCGAUCCUCUGCCUAUAUCCUCGCGCCAGACUGUUUUUGCCACGCCUGUAGCCGUCGCGCUCGCGCCAACGUCCGCCGCCGCGAUUGGACGCGAUUGCCGCCGGCAGUCACCGUUCCUAGAAGGACCAGUCGGCGCUGGUGCUACCAGCAUCAAUCUGUAAUUGGUUUCAAAUCACUUUUGCAAAUCUGUCGGCGCCAGACUGUUUUUUUGCUUCCUGUAAUUGCUGCGUUCAUCAAUCUGUUGCUGAUGGCCGGGAUAAAUUGUCUGAUCUUGCACAAUUUUCAUUCCUAGGAAUCGACAUCAUGAUUGGUUUCAAAUCACUUUUGCAAAUGGAACUGGACGACAAUUCAUCUUGCAAUGACGAUGAUUAUUUCAUCAUCGCAGCUGCUGGAAUUGUGCAAACCUUUUCUGGUCACAAAAGAAAACCUGGUGGUUCUGUUCCUGGACAUGUUGUUAUUUAUCGAGAUCGACAAGACGGGCAUCAAAGGAUGUUUCAAGAUUAUUUGGCGGCUAAUCCGACAUACGGUCCACAUUUAUUUCGUCGAAGAUAUAGGAUGAAGAGAGACCUUUUCCUACGCAUAAUGAAUGCUGUUGAAGCACACGAUGAUUACUUUGUGCAAAAAAGGAAUGCAGCCAAUGUACUUGGAUUGAGUUGCUUCCAGAAAGUCACUGCUGCAUUUCGUAUGCUCACUUAUGGGGUUCCAGCUGAUUUAACAGAUGAGUACGUUCGCAUUGCCGAAAGUACUGCACUUGAGAGCCUACGUAGGUUUGUUGCUGCAGUUGUUGAUAUUUUUGAAGAUGAAUACCUGAGAUAUCCCAAUGAGGCGGACACAGCACGCUUACUGGCACUAGGUGACCAAAAUGGCUUUCCUGGAAAUUUAGGGUCUAUCGAUUGUAUGCAUUGGCCGUGGAAGAACUAUCCGGUUCAACUACAAGGUCAAUACAAAGGGCAUGUGGACAAGCCCACUAUCAUUUUGGAGGCUGUUGCUUUGGACGACCUUUGGAUCUGGCAUGCUUUCUUUGGAAUGCCUGGGUCUCAUAAUGAUAUAAAUGUUCUUCACCGGUCUCCUUUGUUUGCAAACUUAGCGGAAGGUACAGCUCCACAGGUGAACUUUACUGUUAAUGAGCAUGAUUAUACGAUGGGUUAUUAUCUUGCAGAUGGUAUAUAUCCCUCAUGGGCUACUUUAGUUAAGACUAUCUCUAAGCCUAUUGGGAACAAGAACAAAUAUUUUGCAAAAGCACAGGAAGCAGCAAGGAAGGCUGUCGAGAGAGCUUUUGGGGUUCUUCAAUCUAGGUUCGCCAUUGUUCGAGGACCAGCUCGCAUUUGGGACACAGAGACACUAGGAAUGAUCAUGAGGGCUUGUGUGAUCAUGCACAACAUGAUUGUUGAAGAUGAACGAGUCGUGGACCCUGAUGAGCGAUUCGAGGACGGUGGUGAAAAUGUGCGACCUGGUCACGGGCAGGCUACUCGUACACUUGAUCAAUUUAUUGAAGCACACAAAAAGAUCAGAGACAAGGAAAUACAUGUGCAGUUGAAAGAAGACCUCAUCGAACACCUUUGGAACCAUCAUCCUGAUUUGUAUACAUAGUUAUUUUAUUUAAUUGUUUGGACGACCUAUAUGUUUGUUCUCAAGUGUAAUGAACAGUUUUUUCUCUUCCAACUUGUAAUUUUGGUUCACAGGAUUUCGGUUCCGGUGAAUUAAAAAAAUAAAGUAAAGUUU